AUGUCGACAACGCAGACUCAGAUGGCGCCCUCUGAGCUUACUGCCGCUGCCAACGAGCCAGAGAUUCCUCUGCUCACCUACACAAUCGCGCAGACGGCCGAGGAAAAGCGCAAUGCUUUGCGCCUCGUCGCCGACACCAUUGCGCAACAACGUCAGGUCGCGUCCACCACCGUCAUCUUCCAUCCGGCCACCCUGGGGCCCUUUGUUGCCGUGCUCGCCGGACUUGUUUACCGCCGCAGCGGCAGCGACUGGGUCGGCGCCGUCAUCCUAGCCUCUGGCGUCAUUGUCGCCUACCUGGCGGCCAUCCAGUACUACACCUACGACUAUCUGUCACGCGCCGAGCGCUUCAACUGGAAAAGCUUCAUCACACCACCCUCGUCGGCCAGCGAGCCCGCGCAGCAGCAAGACACAGUCAUGUACGCUCGCUACGGCGACCACGUCAUUGCCACGCUGGUGCUGCGCCUGGUCGAGGCAAAAAUACAAACACCGUCCAAGAUGGCGUCGCAACAGCGCGGGACCGGCUCGAGCGCGCAGGUUCGUGCUUGGGCCACGCGCUUGCGCUACAGGGACACGGGCGUGGGCGGCGACAUGCUGCGCGAAGCAGUCGCCUUUGCACGCUCGUCGCUGGGCCCGGCGGCUGCCAUUGCGUUCAGCGACUCUCAUGCCCAUGCCGUCGAUGCCACAAGGCACUUUACAGCGCCCUUUGCGCGACGCGAAAAGCGUGCACGACAAGCCCUCGCGCAGGCAAUCAAGGAUGUCGACGCAGCCGCUGAGCGAUGA